CCUCCGCCCCGAUCCUUCCCUGGUGAAAGGGGGCCGGGGAGGCUGAGCUCGAGGCGGACUGGGCUCGCUCGUAUCCAGCCUCCGCGGGCUCCGGGGUCUGUACUCCGGGCUCCGGCUCCGCAGGAUCCGGGGUCCGCGCUCCGGGCUCGAUCUGCGUGCGUCUCCCCAGGCAGUGCCCCCCUUUCUUGAUCCCUAAUUUUUACUGUUUCUAGAAUCAUGGAAAACCAGUUGGCUAAGUCCACAGAAGAAAGAACAUUUCAGUAUCAGGAUUCUCUUCCUGCAUUGCCGGUUCCUUCUCUUGAUGAAUCACUGAAGAAGUACCUUGAAGCAGUGAAGCCAUUUGCCAAUGAAGAAGAAUAUAAACAAACAGAAGAAAUAGUUCAAAAUUUUCAAAAUGGAAUUGGAGAAAAGUUGCACCAGAAAUUACUUGAAAGAGCAAAAGGAAAAAGAAAUUGGCUGGAGGAGUGGUGGUUGAAUGUUGCUUACCUGGAUGUCCGUGUACCUUCACAACUGAAUGUCAACUUUGGAGGCCCUGCAGCUCACAGUGAACAUUACUGGCCUCCAAAAGAAGGCACACAGCUAGAAAGAGGAUCUAUAACUCUUUGGCAUAAUUUGAACUAUUGGCAGCUACUAAAAAUGGAAAAAGUGCCUGUUCAUAAAAUUGGAAAUAUGCCUUUAGACAUGAAUCAAUUCCGAAUGCUGUUUUCUACUUGCAAGGUACCAGGAAUUACUAGAGAUUCAAUCAACAAUUACUUUAAAACUGAGAGUGAAGGACACACCCCAAGUCACAUAGCAGUGCUGUGUCGAGGUCGAGUUUUUGUCUUUGAUGUCAUGCAUGAAGGUUGUAUGAUGACCCCGCCAGAGCUGCUCAGGCAGCUUACUUAUAUCCAAAAGAAAUGCCACAGUGAACCUGACGGACCUGGGGUAGCAGCCUUAACCAGUGAAGAGCGAACCCGAUGGGCUAAGGCAAGAGAAUAUCUGAUUAGUCUUGAUCCAAAGAAUUUGACCAUAUUGGAAAAAAUUCAGAGCAGUUUGUUAGUAUAUUCCUUAGAUGAUGCUAGUCCACAAGUAACACCUGAAGAUUAUUCUGAGGUAACUACAAUGGUGCUUACUGGUGAUCCAACUGUACGUUGGGGGGACAAAUCCUAUAACUUUAUUUCCUUUUCCAAUGGACUGUUUGGCUGCAAUUGUGAUCAUGCACCUUAUGAUGCUAUGGUCAUGGUUGAUAUCUGUCAUUAUGUUGAUCAGAAGAUCUUUGAAAAUGAGGGGAGAUGGAAGGGUUCUGAAAAAGUGAGAGAUAUCCCACCACCAGAGGAGCUUGUUUUCACUGUGGACCAUAAAGUAUUAGAUGACAUUGACCGAGCUAAGGAGCAGUAUCUCAAGCAGGGAUCAGAUUUGCAGAUUGUGGCUUAUGCCUUUAAAUCCUUUGGCAAAAUGCAAACCAAGAAGAAGCAACUUCAUCCUGAUGCCUUUAUUCAGCUUGCACUUCAGCUGGCCUACUACAGACUUCAUGAAUGCCCAGGUAGUUGUUAUGAAACUGCUAUGACAAGGGCUUAUUACCAUGGUCGCACAGAGACUGUGAGGUCAUGUACUUUGGAAGCAGUUGACUGGUGCCAAACCAUGGAGGAUCCUUCUGCAAGUCUUCAUAAACGGCAGCAAAAGAUGUUACAGGCUUUUGCAAAGCACAGUAAAAUGAUGAAAGAAUGUUCAUCUGGAAAAGGAUUUGAUCGUCACCUUUUAGGUCUCUUUCUCAUAGCCAAAGAGGAGGGGUUGCCCAUUCCAGAACUCUUUACAGACCCUCUUUUCUACAAAAGUGGAGGGGGUGGAAAUUUUGUCCUGUCAACCAGCCUUCUGGGUUACACACGAGUCCAUGGAGUGGUAGUUCCCAUGAUUCACCGGGGCUAUGGCUUUUUCUACCACAUCCGAGAUGACAGGUUUGUCGUGGCCUGUACAGCUUGGAAAUCAUGUGCAGAGACCGAUGCGGAAAAGCUGGUUAAGAUGGUAUUCCAAUGUUUCUACGAUAUGAUGCAGUUGAUGAAUACUGCCCAGCUUUAGAGAAUGAUUCUGAAUUAAGUCCGUACCAAAAUACGUCGUUAAAAAGUGUGUGGAGCAUGGGUUGGGGCUGUGCAGAAGCAUCUUGACUUGAUGAAAAGUAGUUAAAUGUUGUAGUCGUUAAGAAUCUGUCAAUAUUAUACUCCCUGUAGCAUUUAUUGCCAUGUAUAUUUGAAAUACAGCACCGCCCCUAAACUGAAUGCAACUCUUGCAGCAAUAAAAUAGUAUAGAACUAUGCGAUGCAUAAUAUAUGCCGCAACAAUGCAAACCCAUCCAUUUUCCUAGUGCAGUUCUUACUCCAGCUUUGUAAGAGAUUUGUGUUGGUAUCUGUAUAAAACAUGGACGUUUUCUUCCCUGGUCAGUGUCUGAUUUACACGUUCCACCCUCCAUGCACUUUAUCUCUUUCUAGCUGCCAAAGGGCAUGACGAAUAUGUUCAGAGGCUCAGCUACCUAAAAUUCAUGUCUUAUACUUCUACUACAGAGAGACCAGGCCCAGACUUGCCAUGUGUGAGGGAAGAGACCACUAGAAUUUUAUCCUAUCUUGAAAAAACGACUGUGGAGAACCACAAACACUGGGUUGUUGAUGCUAAAGAGAUAGUUUACCUAACAAAAUAGAUUAUCAUGUACUGCUUCUUCACAAAUAUAAGUCAAAACACUUGACUUAAAGUUAAUUUUCAAAAAUUUGGGAAGGGUUAAAUGGCAAAUUCUCAGGAUCUUCUACUCUGCUUUUUCAUCAUUUUUUUUUCUAUAUACAAUUUUGUAGUUUGCACUCAGAAAAUAAAACUUAUUGAAUCAUU